AUGUAUCAUCAAACAGUGGUUAAUUUUGAUGAAAUGACCUGGUUUCCCAAAAAGAUUUCGGAGAUAGACUUGGCUCAAAACGUCUUGAUGUACGGAAGUGAGUUGGAUGCUGAUCAUCCUGGUUUCAAGGAUCCCGUUUAUCGGAAGAGAAGAGAACAGUUUUAUCAAAUUGCUAUGAAAUAUAAAUAUGGAGAUCCAAUUCCAAAAGUAAAAUACACACCAGAAGAAAUUAAGACUUGGGGCACAGUUUUUCGCGAAUUACAAAAACUAUACGAAAAACACGCAUGUAGAGAAUAUUUGGAAAAUUGGCCACAGCUGGUAAAAUAUUGCGGAUAUAGAGAAGACAACAUCCCUCAGCUUCAAGACGUCAGUGUGUUUCUUAAAAGAAAAACGGGCUUUUCUCUUCGACCCGUCGGUGGAUACUUAAGCGCCAGAGACUUCCUGGCAGGACUGGCGUUUCGCGUUUUUCAUUGCACUCAGUAUAUCAGGCAUUCUACAGAUCCAUUUUAUACUCCAGAACCGGAUUGCUGUCACGAAUUAUUGGGUCAUAUGCCACUUCUAGCAAAUCCCAGCUUUGCACAAUUUUCUCAAGAGUUAGGGUUGGCGUCCCUUGGAGCCUGCCAAGAAGAUAUUGAUAAACUCGCUACACUUUAUUUCUUCACUGUGGAGUUUGGUUUGGCCAAACAAGAUGGGGAGCUUAAAGUAUACGGAGCUGGUUUGCUCAGUUCAGUAGCAGAGCUCAAACAUGCAAUAGAAGCAAAAGAUAAUGUGAAACGUUUUGAUCCAGAUCUUACUUGUCAGCAGGAAUGUAUCAUUACGGAUUACCAACUAGGCUACUGGUAUACAGACUCGUUUGAAGAAGCUAAGGAGAAAAUGAGAACUUUUGCAGAACAAAUUAAACGCCCGUUCGGCAUUCGAUACAACCCCUAUACACAAACGGUCGAAGUUUUGAGUAACGAGAAGAAGAUUACAGCUUUAGUAUCCGAACUUCGGGGUGAUCUGUGCAUUGUCAACAGCGCUCUUAAGAAGAUUAGCGCCAGAGAUUCCACACUGGACGUCAACCGAAUCACAAAAUUGCUUCAAGGUGGAUUAGUCACUGAUAAUAACGAAGAACAUGGUAAUCUGGAACUUACUAAUGACGAACUUGGAAAAAAUAAGGAAUAA